UGGCAACGGAAAGCGGCAGCCCGGGGGCGCGUCAGUUCCGGGGAGGACCCGGAAGUGGCUGCUGGUGGUUGUUGUUGUGGGGGCCCGCCAUGGUGUGCGAGAAGUGCGAGAAGAAACUCGGUACGGUAAUCACUCCCGAUACGUGGAAAGAUGGUGCGAGAAACACUACAGAAAGUGGUGGCCGUAAGUUAAAUGAAAACAAAGCGUUGACCUCAAAGAAGGCAAGGUUUGAUCCUUAUGGAAAGAACAAAUUUGCAAUAUGUCGGAUCUGUAAGAGUUCUGUCCAUCAGCCAGGGUCUCACUAUUGCCAAGGAUGUGCCUAUAAAAAAGGCAUCUGCUCAAUGUGUGGCAAGAAGGUCUUGGAUACGAAGAACUACAAGCAAACUUCUGUCUAAUUGUACUGACUAGUCUUUUCGUGAACUUGAACUUCUAUGUCUUUGUACAGUAACUUUUCUCUAAAAUCAUUUGUGAAUAUUACGCUUUGGAAGAUAAUACGUUUACUUGGAAUGAGAUGAGAAGUAAAGACAUCCUUAUUGUUUGCCUAGAAAUGUACAUAAUAUUUGAUUUUUGUUGUUUUAGCACUAAUGUUAACUGAUAUUUAAAGGUAAUGGUUUGCAGCAACUGAUACAGUUCAAAGUGAAUGAGAAGAUCUUAGUGGAUAGGUUGAAACUGUGUUGCCAUGAUAACACAGAUCUUAGAGAUUAACACUUAUUCUUUUGCUGUAUCUUAAGUCUUCUGCUUGUCCAAUAGUAAUAUUUUAUAGAUGUAUAAAACAUGAACUUGUAUCACCUCAUUAAAGUAUUGUCUUCAUUUA